AAUUCGAACUUUCACGAGCAUUUAUUUUCCUACUCGGAUUACGGUAAUCCGUAUGAAUCGUGUUUAAGUCGGUUGUGAAACUUAUUAAUAUUCCUUUCAUUCCUGAAACCCAAAAAUUUUUCAUCUCCAAAUUCGCAAUUUUUGCCUGAUUUCUCUGAUACACCAGUGAGGGCUCUGAUCUCUCGCCGUCGAAGCUUCAUCGCCGACGAAGCUCUCAUCUUCAGAUCUUUAACGGGCAAGCAAGAAGCAUGCUACCAAUGACCACAAAUAAUUCAGCACUCCUAGCAACUGCAGCCUCUAUUGCAGCCUCGGCUGUUCUGAUUCGUACCCUUGCAUCUGAUCUCCUUCCCUCUUCAGCUGAAGAAUACUUCUCAGAAAAAAUUGCUUACAUGCUUGAGAGCCUGUCCUCAGAUCUUAUUAUCACUAUUGAAGAAUUUGAUGGUGCAAUAACCAACCACAUGUACAAGGCUGCUGAGUCCUACCUAGCCACUAAGCUCAACAAAUCUACACGUCGCAUUCGAAUUAACAAACAAGAAGAGGACUCUGAUAACUUUGAGGUAAAGAUUGACCAUGGCCAAGAAAUCGUCGAUCUCUUUGAAGGGAUCAAAUUCAGGUGGCGAUUCUCAUCCAAGAAUAGCAAACCGAGCAUUCAAACAUAUAAUCAUCGCCAUAUGAAGCCGAAUACCAUGGAGACCAAAUUUCUUGAGCUAAAAUUCAACAAGAAGCACAAGGACACUGCACUUAAAUCAUAUAUGCCCUUUGUACUAUCACAAGCUAAAACCAUCAAAGCCGGGAUCAAGACUCUCAAACUCUAUACAAAUGACCAAUACUCGUGGGAGUCUGUGAAUUUCCAUCAUCCUUCUACGUUUGAGACAAUGGCAUUGGACGUUGAGCUUAAGAAGGAGGUAAUGCAGGACUUGGCAAGGUUUGUAAAGAGGAAGGAGUAUUACAAAAGAGUGGGAAAAGCUUGGAAGAGAGGCUACUUAUUGUAUGGGCCACCAGGAACUGGCAAAUCGAGCUUGGUGGCGGCAAUGGCAAACUUUUUAAGGUUUGAUAUUUAUGAUUUGGAGCUGACAGAGCUGAAGAGUAACUCUGAGCUACGCUCCUUGUUGGCUAAGGUAGCCAACCGGUCAAUCUUGCUGGUGGAGGACAUUGACUGUUCAGUGAAUUUCGAGUCAAGGGAGAACAAGAAGCAAUCACAGAAUCAAGAGGAGUCAGUGACAGAAUCUGAUGAUGGCAAGGUGACACUCUCAGGACUGCUCAACUUUGUUGAUGGCCUAUGGUCGAGCUGUGGCGGUGAGCGAAUAAUUGUUUUCACGACAAACUACAAGGACAAGCUUGAUCCAGCAUUGUUGAGACCUGGACGGAUGGAUAUGCACAUUCACAUGAGUUACUGCACUCCUACUGGAUUUCGAGUUUUAGUCUCAAAUUACCAUGCCCUUGAUGAUCAUCAGCUAUUUGGAGAAAUCGAAGGGUUGAUAAAGGAGGUGGAUAUUACUCCCGCUGAGGUGGCAGAAGAGAUGAUGAAGACAGACGAUGCUGAUGUGGCAUUGCAGGGGCUUCUUAAAGUUCUUAAGGAGAGGAAGAACAAGACCGCGGGUGAACCCAAAGGAGACGAGACAGAGGAAGACGAAAACAAGGAUCACUGAAACAAUGAAAGAGGAACAAGUAGUCAGAGUUUGAGAGAAUCCUGAUCAUUUUUGUUUUUUGUUUUUUUUUAAAUUUCUUUUCUUGUGAGAUCCAGUGCACUGAAAUGUUGUGAGGCUAGUUCCACUAUUUUUCUUUAUUCUUUUAGUUUUUUGUGGAAAGGAAUAAAGUUUUCUAUUUUU